AUGAAUUACAGAACUUUAGACCUGACACUUGUCUCUGCAAAGGGGAUCAAGAAACCCUCUCUCACCAGGAAACCAGACGUCUACGCCGUAGCUUACAUCUCCGGCACCACCACCAAACAAAAGCUUAAAACCCAUGUUGAUAAAGAUGGAGGUUCCAACCCUACCUGGAACUUCCCCAUGAAGUUUACAGUCGAUGAAGCCGCCGGCUUACAGAACCGCCUGACACUCGUCGUCGAGAUCAAGGCCGUCGGGACGUUCAGUGAUAAGAAUUUGGGAGAAGUUCGUGUGCCGAUUAAAGAGCUCUUGGAAGGCGCGUCAACUCAGCAGCUUGUGAGUUAUCAGGUGAGGAAGCAUUCCGGGAAGCCGAAUGGGUUUCUUAGUUUUUCGUAUAAAUUUGGGGAAAAGUUUUCCGGUAAGGCGGAGGAGCCUGUCACGGCUUAUCCUCCCGGUAUGGCGGUUGGAUCAAGUGCCGCGUAUGCGCCGCCGUAUGAGGCCGCAGGUCGGUAUUACCAGCAGGCCCCUGCUGCUACUGGAUAUCCUGGAUAUGCGUACCAACACCAGCAACAACCGGGUUAUGGUGGUUACCCUCCGCCACCGCCGCCAGGGUACGGUGGAUAUCCUCCGCAGCAGGGAUAUGGGUAUCCGGCGGCAGUUCAGCAGCCUCCGAAGAAGAAUAAACUUGGUAUGGGGUUAGGAGCCGGUUUGCUAGGUGGAGCACUGGGUGGACUUUUGAUCGGCGAUAUCGUGUCGGAUAGUGGCGGUGGAUGUGGCGGUGGAGGAUGUGGUGCAGGCGGUUUUUGA